ACUGUGCUUCCUCAGAAUAAUGGAUGGGUCGUGCGAACGCUUGCAAGCGGUUGGAUUAAAUUGUUGAGCGGUAGUUGGCUGGGCCCAAGUAAUUGAGGAAGUCAAGUGUUAAAACCGUUUGAAAUUUUCCGCGGACAGUGUGUCGAGGCAGCUCGCAGAGAGAGACUAUACAAAACCGUUGGGAAAGCACAACAGAAGAAACGGGCACCAGUGCACAACCUACGGGGGCACAAGAAAGUGGAGGAAUGAACUAAGGGAAAUUGCAGCGCCGAAAAAAUAAAGACAUACUGUGGCAGAAAGAUACUCGUAUCUAUGCGGAGUAGUGGACACUCGACUGGUGCGAUUAAAGAAAUGAGGAAAAGAAGAAAAUAAUAUCAGAAAUUUCGAUUAUUAACGUUGCUAUCCAACGACAAAGCUCUUUGGUUUGGUGUCAGUGUGAAUUUUUUUUUGAAGACGAAACAGUUAGUUGUGCUUUAACGUUUCGAACAAGUCGGUGGAAUAUCUAAAACAAUACCGUUCAUGAGUGCCGUUUUUGAGUGUUUACCUCGAGGUAUUGGCGAGAUGAAAUAAAAGUGAAAUUGAAAAAAUAGAAAAUAUCAAUUUUUCGGAAUAGAAUAAAAAAUUUUUUUUUUUUUUUUUCAAAAUAUCGCUAUCUGAAUAUUUGAAAUUUUUGAAUAACUGGGGAGAAAAGUGAAUGCCGAAAAACGAAAAGCAAAUAAAAAUAUAACUGCGAGAGGAGGAAACCGAAAAAGCGAAAACAAAAUCUAAAACCAAAUUUACAACAAUAAAAAAAAACCAAAAAUGUCUAUCUUAUGAUAUAUGUGUGUAUUAUUUUUUUUUUGUUUUUUUUUUUAGUGAAAUUUCACCGAGUUAAGAUUGAAAAUCAAUUUAAAUUCAUGUAUAAUAUUUUUGGGGGGGACAUUGUGUGUGUCGUGUGACUAAUGCUCGCGAGAUUAAAAGAAUAAAAAAACUAGAAAUAAAACGGCUGAUAAAAGAUAUCUGUAUGUAAUUAAUUAAACAAGAGUUAAAACCAAAAAAUAAUUUAUAUAAAAACCCAGAGAGAAAAAAGUAUAAUUUAUCCGUUACUUUGUAUGUGUGAUAAGUUUUUAUUUGUGAGUGUUGAUCGACCAAAAAAUAUCUGAAAACUAUUUGCAGCAUUUUGUGAUUUAGCUGAAAUUCACUAGUUUUCAUCCCUUAAAAAGUUUCCUAACUGAUUUUCCGUUUAUUAAAAUUACAAAAGAAAAAAAUAAAUAAAAUAAUAAAAAAAUGUUUAAUAAAUUCAAUAUGCCACUUGUAUCCGACUUACGUUAAACGACUAAAAAAAAAAAGAUUCAAGUAACAUAAUUUCUUUUAAAAUUCAAAUACAAAUACAACAACCAGUGAAUUUUGUGAAUAAUUGUGUAAUACGUAUAUACAGAAAUACACAUAUAAGUAUAUAUUCUGUUUCAGCUUGAGGAAAAGUGUAAACAGUGCAGUAAUUUUCUAUACAAUUUUUUUUUUCGUUUAAUAUAAGCAAAAGUGCUUUUUUGCCCUCUUCUCUUGCUUUUUUCAACGGAAUUCGCAUAGCUUUACGCACACACAUACAUAUCCAUCUACGCUUGGAGAUUAAGGGGGUGUACUCACCUGAUUUGACUGUUACUAAGCUGGUUUCAGUUAAGAUAACGCGUUUCGGGAACCAGUUGUUCCCUCAUUCAGUGCGGCAUCUGCUAAAUUUGUAGAAUUUAUUCGGUAAAAUAACGACGAAACGAUGCAAAUACAAAUAACAGACGUUAGUAGCGGUGGCGGCGAGAAUGGUGAAAAACUAACAGCUGUUCAGGAGUUUUACUAUGGUACAAACAUAUUAAUAACGGGCGGUACAGGGUUUCUAGGGAAAAUACUUUUAAACAAAUUGUUCACAUCAUGUCCUGGAAUCGAAAAUAUAUUUUUACUGGUGCGAAAUAAAAAAGGGAAAGAUGUACAUUCGAGAGUGGAAGAAAUAUUUGAUGACCCGAUUUUCGAUUCACUCAAACAACACAUACCAAAAUUUCGACAUCGUGUUCAGGGUAUAUUUGGCGAUUGUAUGCUGUCCGGCCUAGGGUUGAGUUCGUCCGAUCGUUUAAUGCUGAUACAACGGGUCAAUAUUGUGUUCCAUAUGGCAGCGACUGUGCGUUUUGAUGAAAAAUUAAAGGUUGCCAUGCAAAUCAAUGUACAGGCCUGCAAGGAUAUCAUGCAAAUAUGUAGUGAAAUGCAUAAUCUAAAGAGUGCUGUGCACGUAUCAACUGCAUAUACGCAAUGUCCCUUACGAAAAAUAGAUGAAAAAUUCUACCCGCCACCAAUAGAUUCAGGAAAUAUGUUGUUAUUAACGGAAUGCGUACCAGAGAAAUUGUUGGAAAGUAUAACCCCAAUACUGUUAGAUAAAUGGCCAAAUACUUACACUUUCACUAAAGCAAUAGCCGAAGAUGUCAUCAAUCAACAUGGACGAUCAAUGCCCGUUGGAAUGUUUCGGCCUGGUAUUGUGAUUUCAACAUAUCGUGAUCCUGUUUGCGGAUGGAUCGAUAACUUCUACGGACCAACGGGUGCAAUUGCCGGUGCCGGGACUGGUGUUAUCAGAACAUUUCGCUGCGACCCGAAUGCUGUUGCCAAUAUGGUACCUGUCGACUUGUGUGUAAACAGUAUUAUUGCAACUGGAUGGGAUAUCAAUGAAAGAUAUAACAGCAAAAUACCUGGAAAACGUGAGAUUCCCGUAUAUAAUUUUUGCACAUCGAAAGAAAACGAAUUAACGUGGGGUGAAUUUACGACGAAAACAACAAAAUAUGGUCUGAUGUAUCCAACAGUAAAAGCAAUCUGGUACCUGUGCUAUUCAAAUAAUCCAAACAGACUAAUGCACUUUUUGACAAUUCUGUUUCUACACUACGUGCCUGCAAUAAUAUUCGACACAUUCUCGCUAUGCAUAGGCAAGAAACCCAGACUACUUAACACAUAUAAAAAAAUCCAUCGUUUCAUGAAUGUUAUUGAAUACUUCUCAAUGCGGCAAUGGGAAUACCAAACAGAUAACGUGAAAAACCUUUGGCAACGAUUGUCAAAUCGUGAUAAAGACAUAUUUUUUUUCGAUAUGAGCCAACUGGAUUGGGAUUUAUUUUUACAACACUAUUUUCGUGGUAUACGACAAUUUUUACUCAACGAUCCACUUGAAACGAUACCAGAAGCUUUAGUACGAUGGAAUAGACUCUACUGGCUUCAUCAGUCCAUCAAAUUCUUGGUAGUUGCAAUACUUUUAAAAUUGUUUUGGUCAAUUUUAUUAUUGUUUUUUAAUUUUAACUAAAUCAGAUUUCCAGAUCUAGUAUGUUGUAUUUGUUACAAAAAAAAAAAAAUAUUCUAUUUUUUUUUAAAAGCUCUUUACCUAUAUUUGUAGAUAUAGACAAAGUUUUAUCUUCAGAAUUAAAAAAAAAAUUAGACUAAGGGAAGCCACGUUUUUUGUUCGGUAGAUGAUUUUAGUGUUUUUCAUUGUUUUGAACAUUUUGAUUACUGCUUCGUGGUAUCAGUAUAUAAUAUUCUUUUUACUGCGAUGUAUCUAUAUAUAUAUAGAUAUAUAUACAUAUGUAUAUCGCACCCUUGAGAGGAAAAUGUCGUAAAUCAAAAAUAACGCCAUUGAUAACAGACAAACCUCCUUAACUGCAAUACAAACAGUUGUCGCUAAAUGCACUUACAACGCUUCGGUUAGUUCUUGUUUGCAAAUUAUCUUCAAAACAACAUAAAAACAAUCAUAACUGUAAAAACCUUAAUAUUUCUAUUAUGAGCGGGUUCAAAUGUGUCGCAUGGUCUUCAAGGAAUGACAAGCAUAUGUUUAGCUUUGAACAAAGAGGAAAUUCACUUCUUCUUCUUCUUCAGCAGCAAAGGGUUUUUUUACGAUUUCUGAAAAAAAAAAAUACUUUUUUGAGUUGCGACACUUUUGUCGCAAGGGUGCGAUAUAUCCGGUCCGGUUGGGCGGGAAGUUGGUUCAUGGGCUUUUUUUACCUAUAUAUAUAUGAAUAAUAAAUAAAAAGGGAUUUCUCAUCGAGGUUUCCAUGUGGAUAAGACAGGUGUAGCCGAUAGUUAAAUCAAUGAACCAAUCCAUACAAAUAUAGAAAUUUAAUCGAGCACAAAGUUACAUUCCAUUUGAUUUAUCUUUAUGAAUUUUGAAAAACUAAAUAAAAAUAUAUACAUAGUAUAUAAUCCCCGUCGCGCUCCACAUAUUUAUAUAUUGUUAAAUAUGUUUUUGAAUGAAUGAAUUUUUUAUGGUUUUUCUAUUUCCUCUGAUGUAUCAUUUAAAAUACUCUUCUAUUUUUUUUUCUCGUUUCUUUUGUAAAUAGCCUACCUUAAAGAUAUAAGUUCACACAACAAUAAAAAUUUAUAAAUGUUCGAAAAACCUAAAAAAAGAAUCACCUGUCGCACAUUUGAAUACAUAAAGCAAAGAGGAGGGGGAAGAUUCGAUAUUUAGAGGCAGAAAUCUUAAAAAAAUUAAAAUAAAAAACAAAGUUAAAUAAUAGAGACAAAAAUAUUUUUAACUAGUUAAGAGUUUUAUCAAUGAUUCUUCUUUAAUUGUUGAGUUUUUUCCUAUGUUAUUAUUUUUUUAAUUGUAUCUAUAGAGAGAGAUGAUUCGAAAUGUAAUCUAGGUAAUAUCAAAAGAAUAGAGAAUAGA